AAUAUACCUACUUUGAUGUAACUAAUUCGUACAUGAGAGUAACUAAAACAUAACAUUCUUCAUUCACGUGAUAGAUAUUGGGUUUAUGAAGGUGUGGAUGAGAAUAAAGGGACGAAGAGCGGUCAAAAGCUCGUGUGUACCAUAUUGGUGAAAUAUGGGUGUGGGAUAGUUAGGUUUAUAACCAAUGAAACCAAACUAGUUAGGAAGGUUGAGUGCAUAGGGUAAUGGUGGCAUUGAUUCGUUUAAUUAAGCGGCCUCAUUCAAUCCCAUGAACGUUACUGGUAACCGUUGAUAAACGAACAUUUGUGUCAUUUCAACCGCCUACCUUUUAGUUUCUCUUCGCUUCCUAUAAAUCCAGUGCCCUCUCAUUGUUUGGAGAUAUGGUUUUCCCUGCAUACUAUGAGGUUUGCUCUGUAUAGAAACUCUGCAUAACUUUCUCAUUGUCAUCUCUUUAAACAUAUUAAAGAAAAUCAUCGCCGUGCGAUUCUUGUCGUUUGUUGCGUUCGUGGGAAUUCCGGAGUUUGCAGUGCUUCUACACCGAAAAGGUGAUUCGAUCUAUCCCGGGAGGAAAUGUUUGAUAAAUGUUGGGUAUCUAGAGAUGUGAACUAAUUUCAUUUUAAAGAAUGAAUUGUCCAUUCUUUUGUGUUGUUGCUGCUCUGACUCUUUAAACAUUGGUACCUCCACUGGUUCUUUGAUGAUUUCAAUCUUAGGGUUGCUAAUGUAUAUGACUUAUCAUCACUAUACGAUGUUAUCGGUUCUUUGAUUAUCCACUGGUUCUUUUGAAUUGUUAAACCAACAUGAAUUGAUACAUACGAGUUGUAUCCGGUUGAAUCAUGCAAUUUACUAAUCCGGAGCAACCAUAUAAAUCGGUUUGACAACAUUACUGCGGCAAGUAAUCAAAUUGACAACUACACAAUGAUUGACGUAACUACCCUUACUAACGUUUGAAAAUUGCAAAUAUGGAAUUGGGCGCCGCGUUGUGAGCCGAGAGAGGAGUGAGCUCCCAAAUCUGUGCGUGGACUUCCCCAUUGGGGAAAGAAAGACGGAGCAAUAGCGGAAAAACCCCUAAUCCCCUCAAACUAAAUCCCUAGGUCUUGCCCCCACUCCCGUAGCAGCAGCAGCAGCAACCGGCGGCCGAUAAUCCGUCGGAAGAGAAGGCGAGAUGGAUCAGCCCGGAGAUCACGAGUACGACCAGGAGCACGAGGAAGAAGAGGUUUACGGCGGCGAAAUCCCUUACGAGGGAGACAUGGAAGACGACGUCGACAUGUCUGCCAGACCUGAAGAGGACGAGAACGCGGACCGCAGUGCCAAGGAAUUGGAGGACAUGAAGAAGAGGCUGAAGGAGAUCGAAGAAGAAGCUGGCGCUCUUCGUGAAAUGCAGGCUAAGGUAGAGAAGGAGAUGGGCGCUGUGCAAGACUCCUCGGGUACUUCUGCAUCUCUGGCCGAAAAGGAGGAAGUUGAUGCCCGCUCAAUCUAUGUUGGCAAUGUGGAUUAUGCUUGCACUCCGGAAGAAGUUCAGCAGCAUUUUCAGUCUUGCGGAACUGUCAAUAGAGUGACAAUUUUGACAGACAAGUUUGGUCAGCCUAAGGGUUUUGCGUAUGUCGAAUUUGUGGAAGUGGAUGCUGUGCAGAAUGCCCUCCUGCUAAAUGAAUCUGAACUGCAUGGCCGUCAAUUAAAGGUCUCUGCUAAGAGAACAAAUGUUCCUGGCAUGAAGCAGUUCCGUGGAAGGCGGCCCAACCCUUAUUUCAGAUUUCGAAGGCCUUUCAUGCCUGUUCCCUUCUAUCAACCAUAUGGAGGGUACGGGAGGGUUCCCAGAUUCAGGCGGCCAACGCGAUACAGACCAUACUGAUGGCUUGGACACCGGCAGUAGUCGAGGCCAUGCUUGCGAGAGAAGAAAAAAACAGUCGAUGAUUCUGUAAUUGUCCUUCAGAAACCAUUUAUAUCACUGGAGCUCGCAUGGACGGAUAAAAAGGAUUUUGCAUUCAUAAUUUGAGGUAGGGAAUGACCCCAUCUUCUCUCCUCCUAUUGAUGUAAUGUUAGCUUGGGGAGGAGAUCAAAGUGUGAUCAAUCUAUCUCUUUGUGCUGGAGAGAGGGCUUAGUUUGGAAGUGACAGGAAGCGGUAGAGUAAUGUUUGUGACCAUUUCUUAUGUUUCUGUUUAGAGGAUUCUUAAUGAGUUUGGAAUUUGGAUAUUGGAUUGUUGUUAACAUUUUAUUGCUUUAUACUCCACAGCCUUCCUCUUUUCUGCAUAUAGUCAUAGACCACGUACGGAUCCGGCGCAAACGGCACCGUUUGGACUAUUGAUAGAUCUUGUAGGGUUUGCAAACGGCACCGUAUGCUUCUGAUUUGUGGGGGAAGUUAAUAAGAUUUGUGAGGUUGGAGAAAAAAAAAAGUGUUUUGAGAAACUAAAAAUGGACAUUUGGCAAUUUGGGAAGUUAAAUUUAUCUUGUUGGAUUGGAGUUAGUCUAAUACUCAGAUAAUUUUGAAAUCUUUGAAAAAAUUGUAGCAGAUCAUACUUCUUUCUCACUCAUUUUUAGCUCUUGAUUUUUAACGGACCAAAUUUCUUACGUUUUAACUUAGACAUAAAAUAUUUUUGCAUAGAAAAAUAAAUUUUAUUAUUAUUUAUAAGGUUAUAUGAACAUUGAUGUACUUCUGAGAAAAAAGAAGAAAAAAUCACAUGACAAAAAACUUGUUUUGGCAAACCCAUGGAUGAUAUAAUUCCAAUUAUGAUCUUCAAGAUUGUUAUCAUGCUGAAAGUUACUACAUUUGUGGACGUGCAUACGUUAGGAAUUGUUGUAUCAUUCGUCUAUGUCACUUUCCUGUUAAAACUAAUAAUUCUUAUUUAGUUUCUCCUUAUCCUUAAAAAUGAUUUUAUGGACUACCAUGAAGAAGAAAUGAGACUUUCAUCAUCAUUGUAAACUGUGCGCACAAUUUUCCACGAGCUAUAACGAGAAAACACAACGAAUUCAUAAAAAAGGUUGGUCAAUAGCUCUAAUAGGUGGAGUGUGAAACGGAUAUGUGCAAUAAGUUGUUGGCGUAAGCAGGCGUUUAAACGUGGAUCACACAUUCUGCCAUUAAUAAGUAUUGAAUGUAUGUUGUGAUAAUUAUAACGUGUAAAAAUAGUAAAUUACAAAAGUACAAAUGUACAAUGCAACGAUUUAAGCAACAUGUUUACAUAAAAUCCUAUAUGCACACUAAUAAUAGUUUUGGACUGUAGAAUGAAGUUAGUUAGCAAUCUUUCUUUCUUUCAAUUUUAUCGGAUGCCCCGAAGGGACGUUAGCUUUUCUUAUUUUGUUUUCUUAGUUAUAGAAGGAAAAAAAAGUGAGUAAAAAAUUAGCAUCUAAGCAGCACCUCACCUAAUCCUUUUGUUAUCAAUCUGACUAGGCAUUUCUGUAAUUUAGGAAAACUUAUCUUUUAAUUAGUACGCGUUUUAAUUAGCUUACUUCUUCAAUAUUUAUGUACGAUUGUGAAAUCAUAACGGAGGUUGUAUAAAAAAUAGUCAGAGUGAUAGUUUUUUUACUACAAUUGUAAUUUAACCAUAGUUCGAUUGUUACUUACGGCUAAAAUAAAUGACCAAUUUGAGU